CUAGCAAAGGAGGUAAAAAACAUAGACAAUGCAUUGGCUCCCAUUAGAAAUUCAUGGAAACAAACAGGGGUGUCCAUCAUUUCAGAUGGAUGGAAGGAUACCAAAAAUCGGCCAUUAAUUAAUGUAAUUGCAGUGUGCCCUAAAGGGGCAAUGUUUCUGAAAGCUGUGGAUUGUGAGGGACAGGUGAAGGAUGCACAAUUUAUUGCUAACAUCCUUAUACAAUGCAUUCAGGAUGUGGGACCUCAAAAUGUUGUCCAAGUAAUAACGGACAAUGCAAAGAAUUGUAGAGCUGCAGGUAUGUUGAUUGAGACACGGUUUGAACACAUAUUUUGGACACCUUGUGCUGUCCACUCUCUCAACCUCAUGCUACAAAAGAUAGGCAGGAAAAUAGAUUGGAUCAAACAAAUUUAUGUUGAGGCUGAAGAGAUCCAAAUGUUCAUCACAAACCAUAACAUGUCACAGGCCAUUUUCAGAUCAUUUUCACAGUUGGAGUUGCUAAAGGUUGCCGAGACCCGAUUUGCAUCCAACACAAUCGUCUUGAGGCGACUUGUGAAGGUGCGACAGCCACUUGCUAGCAUGGUAAUUAGUCAAAGUUGGUCCCUAUGGAGGCAAUCCAAUACUGAAAGGGCAGCAAAUGUAAAGCGCAUGAUCCUAGAUGACACUUGGUGGGAUUGAGUGGAAUAUCUUUUGAGUUUCACUAAGCCCAUCAUGAGUAUGAUCCGUUAUACUGACAUGGAUCACCCAUGUUUGGGAGAGGUAUAUGAUGGCAUUGACUCGAUGAUUGAGAAAAUGAAAGCCAUCAUCAAUGCAAAAGAGCAAGAUCCCGAAGAA